GGCCCAUGGGCAGAAUCGUCUCGGAAGGCCGGCAUUAAACCAAAAAGAUGUCCCUAUAUGAUGACCUGGGAGUGGAGACCAGUGACUCAAAAACCGAAGGCUGGUCAAAAAACUUCAAGCUUCUGCAGUCCCAGCUUCAGGUGAAGAAGGCAGCUCUCACUCAAGCUAAGAGCCAAAGGACAAAACAAAGUACAGUCCUUGCCCCAGUCAUUGACCUAAAGCGAGGAGGCUCCUCAGAUGACCGGCAGAUUGUAGACACGCCACCUCAUGUAGCAGCCGGGCUGAAGGACCCUGUUCCCAGUGGGUUCUCUGCAGGGGAAGUUCUGAUCCCCUUAGCUGAUGAGUAUGAUCCCAUGUUUCCUAAUGAUUAUGAGAAGGUAGUGAAGCGCCAGAGAGAAGAGCGUCAGAGGCAGCGGGAGCUGGAACGACAGAAGGAAAUAGAAGAAAGAGAAAAGAGGCGUAAAGACAGGCAUGAAGCCAGCGGGUUUUCAAGACGACCAGACCCAGAUUCUGAUGAAGAUGAAGAUUAUGAGCGAGAGCGGAGGAAAAGAAGUAUGGGAGGAGCUGCCAUCGCCCCGCCUACUUCUCUUGUAGAGAAAGACAAGGAGUUACCCCGAGAUUUUCCUUACGAAGAGGACUCAAGACCUCGAUCCCAGUCUUCCAAAGCUGCUAUUCCUCCCCCAGCGUAUGAGGAGCCGGAUAGACCAAGGUCUCCAACUGGUCCCAGCAACUCCUUCCUUGCCAACAUGGGUGGCACAGUGGCUCAUAAGAUCAUGCAGAAGUAUGGCUUCCGGGAAGGCCAGGGCCUGGGGAAACAUGAACAAGGCCUGAGUACUGCUUUAUCGGUGGAGAAGACCAGCAAGCGGGGCGGCAAGAUCAUUGUGGGUGAUGCAACGGAGAAGGGCGAGUCUCAAGAUGCAUCCAAGAAGUCGGAUUCAAAUCCAUUAACUGAAAUACUUAAGUGCCCUACUAAAGUGGUCCUGCUGAGGAACAUGGUUGGUGCAGGAGAGGUCGAUGAAGACUUGGAAGUUGAAACCAAGGAAGAAUGUGAAAAAUACGGCAAAGUUGGGAAAUGUGUGAUAUUUGAGAUUCCUGGUGCCCCUGAUGAUGAAGCAGUACGGAUAUUUUUAGAAUUUGAGAGAGUUGAAUCAGCAAUUAAAGCUGUUGUGGAUCUGAAUGGGAGGUAUUUUGGUGGACGGGUGGUUAAAGCAUGUUUCUACAAUUUGGAUAAAUUCAGGGUCUUGGAUCUGGCGGAACAAGUUUGAUCGUAACCUAAAGUCACCUCUGUGAUCCUUACACAAGCUGCAGACUGAGCAAUGACACAGGCGUCAGCCUCCAUGGCUGUUGGACACUGAGACUCUUGGAUGGACUUCUGAGAUAUAUGUUGAUGGAUCCCUUUUUUAUUUUAUGAGUUUUUUUAAUAUAGUAUAAAAAUACUUCAAAAAAAGAAAAAAGGAACCUGUGUGCCUCUCUGGUUGUUUUCUUGCUUCUGCUUCUGUGUCGGUUGCUUUUGCUGGGAUUUCAUGUCAUACUACAUGUCUGGCAGUAAAAGAUCUAGAAAGGCUUAGAGUGGAGUUUGUAUUAAGUCGUCCUUUUCCUUCUUUCUUCCUUAAUAAAGCCUACAAGUUACAGAGCCGUAGCUUUACACAUUGUAUAAUAAAGUCAUAUCUUGGCAGUC